AUGAAGACUCCGACCGCAGUCGCCGGAGCUCCGGCGGCUAACGGCGCCGCCGCCGGUGAAGGUGAGAAGAAGAACAUUAACGGCGAGCUAUGGCAGGCGUGCGCCGGACCGCUGGUGAACGUGCCGGCCGCCGGGACUCACGUCGUCUACUUUCCGCAGGGCCACAGCGAACAGGUUGCUGCAUCCAUGAAAAAGGAUGUCGAUGCUCAAAUUCCGAACUAUCCAAACCUCCCUUCGAAAUUACUGUGCCUUCUCCAUAAUGUCACUUUGCACGCUGAUCCAGAAACUGACGAAGUAUAUGCCCAGAUGACUCUGCAACCGGUUCCUUCGUUUGACAAGGAAGCUUUACUGAGAUCAGAUUUAUCGAUGAAAGCUCACAGGCCGCAGACGGAGUUUUUCUGUAAAACCUUGACCGCAAGUGACACUAGCACGCAUGGUGGUUUUUCAGUUCCACGUCGUGCUGCAGAGAAGAUUUUCCCUACUCUGGACUUCACCAUGCAACCGCCUGCUCAAGAGAUCGUCGCCAGGGAUUUGCACGAUAAUGUCUGGACAUUUCGCCACAUUUACCGAGGACAACCGAAGCGUCACUUGCUUACGACGGGGUGGAGCCUUUUUGUGGGCGGGAAGCGGUUGAUUGCGGGUGACUCAGUUUUAUUUAUUCGGGAUGAAAAGCAACAGCUUCUUCUGGGCAUAAGACGUGCAAACCGACAGCCGACUAACUUAUCUUCAUCAGUUUUGUCGAGCGAUAGCAUGCACAUAGGGAUCCUUGCGGCAGCUGCCCAUGCGGCUGCUAACAACAGCCCGUUUACCGUUUUUUACAAUCCAAGCAGGGCUAGUCCAUCGGAGUUUGUUAUACCUUUGGCUAAGUACUACAAAGCUGUUUGCAGCAACCAGAUAUCUCUGGGGAUGCGCUUUCGCAUGAUGUUUGAGACAGAAGAAUCGGGCACGAGAAGAUAUAUGGGUACAAUAACCGGAAUCAGUGACCUCGACCCAGUUCGUUGGAAAAAUUCACAGUGGCGUAACCUACAGGUUGGUUGGGACGAGUCGACAGCUGGCGAAAGGCGUAACCGUGUGUCCAUUUGGGAGAUCGAACCUGUAACUGCUCCGUUUUUCAUAUGCCCCACGCCUCCUUUAUUCCGUUCGAAGCGCCCCAGGAUACCGGGAAUGCCAGACGAUGACUCGACCGAUCUAGACAGCAUAUUUCGAAGGACAAUGCCAUGGCUCGGUGAUGAGUAUGGUUUAAAAGAUCCCCAAGCGGGCCUGCCGGGCCUAAGCCUAGUCCAGUGGAUGAACAUGCAGCAGCAAAACCCCUCGAUUCAGCCAAACUAUAUAAACCCUUUACCUAAUUCGAUUCUUCAAAAUCUUGCCGGCACAGAUAUGUCUCGUCAGUUAGGCGGGCUGUCCUCGCCACAAAUCUCCCAUCAACAGAACUUACAGUUCAACUCACAGAGGUCAACACAACCGAUAGAUCCACUGCAAAAGCUGCAGCCUUCGACUCUGAAUCCUCUAGGCUCGAUUAUGCAGCCACAUCAGCAGUUGACCGACAUGAGUCAACCGCCAAGACUGAAUGCGGAGUGUCAAAAUCAAACUUUACCGACGAGCCAGCUUCCUUCUUCCCAGGUUCUGCAGUCGCAAAAUCAUCCUGUCCAAAGUCAACCUCAAUCUCUGCUGAAUCAUCAUCAGAUUCAGCGAAACGUCCCUCAAAACCUGCCGGCACAUCAGCAGAGUUUAACGACCUCUCAGCCGUCCGAUCACACAAGUCAACAACAGUUGCUUUUGUCAGACAAUCAAAUUCAGCUUCAUCUUCUACAGAAACUCCACCAGCAGCAGCAAUCGCUUUUAUCACACCAACAACCCCCUCAACCAACACAGUUCCAAGAUCAGCACCCGCAAAAGCAGCCCAUUCUUGAUAUUCCGCAAAAUUUCUCCAGUCCAACAUCAAGCCAAAUGCUCGAAUCGUCUCGAGUGACGCCCGACCCACACGACUGCCAGCUGGUGAAAAAUGACGGCCAAAAUGCCAAUUUUCGGUUCGCCCAGCCAAAGCUUCAACACCACCAGUCGUCCUCCCCGAUGACCAAUCAGGUUUCGGCCGGACGAGCUAGCAUUCUGACUGGAGGAGCAAAUGCAGGCCCAUCCGUAGUUACCGAUGAUGCCCCAUCUUGUUCGACUUCGCCAUCCACGAACAACUCCCCAAACGGGGUCCAGUCUGUAAUGAACGGCCCAAAGGUCCACCGUGCAAUGCCAACGGCUGAUGAGAUUGCUCAGCCGGGCGUCAACCCUUACAAUAAUAAUAAUUCAAAUGGCAGUUUAGAACCCAUUUCCUGUAAUAAUAACCUGGUUAAGGAUUUUCAACAGAAAACCGAAGUGAAGCCUUCACUAAACGUGUCCAAAAUUCAGAACCAAGGGUUUUUUACGUCUCAGCCGUAUCUCAACGGAGGCGGGGCACAGAUGGAAUAUCUUGACAGCUCAUCCUCAGCCACUUCGGUUCUUUCUCAGAAUGACGGCCAUCUCCCACAAACGAACUCCAUGUCUUUUAAUUCUCAGUCGAUGUUGUUUAGAGAUGGAUAUCAAGAAAAUGUCCCGUUUGGGGCUGACAUUGAAAAUCAUCAGUUAGCGAUGCCGAUGAUGUCCGAUCCUCUGAUCACGAAAAACAUGAUGGGCUGCUCGGGGAAAGACUUCUCCUCAGCUGAUCUUUCUUCCGGAGGAGGAGGAGGAGGUAUGCUCCCGGCAGCCUACGAGAAUACCACCAAGGAUGCUCAUCAUCAACCCGAGCUUUCAUCGUCUAUGGUGUCUCAGUCGUUCGGAGUUCCGGAAAUGGCGUUCAACUCGAUUGACUCGUCGAUGAAUGAUGGAAACUUCAUGAAUGGAGGAGGGUGGGGGGUCCCGCCACAGAUUCCUAGGAUGCGAACUUAUACUAAGGUGUAUAAGCGUGGAGCUGUCGGGAGAUCGAUUGAUAUUACACGCUAUUCAGGCUAUGAUGAUCUGAAGCAAGAUCUAGCACGUAGAUUUGGUAUAGAGGGACAGCUCGAGGACCGGCAGAGGAUCGGAUGGAAGCUCGUUUAUGUGGACCAUGAAAAUGAUGUCCUCCUAGUUGGCGACGAUCCAUGGGAGGAGUUUGUCAGCUGCGUGCGUUGCAUCAAGAUCCUUUCUCCUCAGGAAGUCCAACAAAUGAGUCUCGAUGGAGAUUUCGGAAGCGGUGUUCUUCCGAACCAGGCCUGUAGCAGUUCGGACAAUGGUGUCAACUAG